CGGCGCGGCGCGCUCAUUGGCUGCCGCCGUCGCGCGGGGCAACGGGAGGACGCUGCGUGUAGCAAUCCGGCGCGGGGUGCCGGGCAGGCCGGGCCAUGGCGCAGGGCGCGGUGCUGCUGACCCGCGAGCCGGCGCCGCAGGCGGUGCCCGUGCGGGACCUGCCCGUGAAGCUGCACGAGGUGGCUCUGAACACGGGCCCGGACUCAUCCUGCGGGCUGGCCACGGCCGGCUUCCGCACGGCCAAGUACCUGCCCGAGGAGUGGCACCAGCACCACUAUGCCCAGUACCACCACGCCUUCGCCGACCGCGACUGCUCCGAGCGCUGCCGCGGCCAAGCCCAGAGCCUGGCCGCCGCCACGGCCGCGCUGGCCCAGCGCACCCAGGAGGAGUCCACCGCCAAGGUGGGCGAGCGCCUGCAGGACCUGCACUUCUGGAAGUCGGAGCUGCAGAAGGAGAUCCAGGACCUGGCGGCCGAGACCGAGCUGCUGGCGGCGCAGAAGGUGCGGCUGGAGCGGGCGCUGGACGCCACCGAGGUGCCCUACUCCAUCGCCACCGAUAACCUGCAGUGUCGGGAGAGGAGGCAGCCCCCGGAUCUGGUGCGGGACCAGGUGGAGGUGGAGCUGCUGAAGGAAGCAGAGCUUAUCAGAAAUAUUCAGGAGCUUUUGAAAAGAACAUUGAUGCAAGCUGUUAACCAGAUGCAAUUGAAUCGAGACCACAAGCAGAUCUGUGAAAUGGACUGGUCCGAUAAGGUCGAAACCUACAACAUUGAUGAAAAGUGUGGAAGAUACAAUAAUCAGAGCACCAACAUCCAGUUCCAUCCUGGCUCAGCAAAGUUUGAGGAGAGUGCCUCGACACCAGAAACCUGGGCAAAAUUCAGUCACGACAACAUCUACCGGGCUGAGCGAGAGAGACUGGCGUCCGUCAACCUCCGUUCGCUGAUUGACAACAUCCUGCACGACGUUGCUGAGGACUUGCGCAUGCAGUGUGCUCUGGUGGACGAGGCUUUUGCCAAACGCUGCGAGGAGAUGGAAGACGCCAAGCACAAACUGGAGCAUCACUUGAAAAAAACCCUGAAGGAGAUCGGCGAUCAAGAAAGCAAUAUUGCUUCUCUCAAGCAAGCUAUCAAAGACAAAGAGGCGCCAAUGAAAGUCGCUCAAACACGGCUGUAUGACCGGUCUUUUCGGCCCAAUGUUGAUCUCUGCAGAGAUCCAGCGCAGUUCAGGCUGAUCAGUGAAGUUGAAGAACUAACGGAGUCCAUUGAAUCGCUGAAGAAGCAACUACAGGAGUCUGAGCAGUCCCUGAGAAACCUGGAAGACACACGGAUGAACCUAGAAAAGGAGAUAGCGGUGAAAGCAAAUAGCAUUUUUAUCGACAGGCAGAAAUGCAUGGCCCACCGCACACGGUACCCUGGUGUUCUUAAAUUAGCAGGUUACCAGUAGCAAUAAUAUGGAAGGCUGGAAGAAGAUCCUAACCAAAAAUUUGUGAUUUUAGAAUAAGUCUGUAAUAAUAUGCUAAAGACAUUGACUUCACUGUUUACUUCUUUUAUCUGAAUUAAAAGGCAUCAAAAUAUAA